CUUAGGCGACCAGUGUUUUGCAGUGUUUACAUUUUGCUGCACAAUUUCCCUCCAUUUGUUUUCGUCUCCAACACGUUCUUUAUUCGAUAAGGCGCAAUUGUAACAAAAAGUUGGUUAUUGAAACUGUCUGUUGCCAUGGCUUCUUUUCUUUUGAGAUAUUCUAGCUCACUUCGUUUAAUCUCAGCGUCGCAAGUGAGCCAAUUCAGAUGUUUGCAUAGACAGCCUCUUGAUCCUGAGUGGACAGCCUUGGCAAAAAAACAGUUGAAAGGUAAAAAUCCAGAGGAAGAACUUCUCUGGUAUACAUCAGAAGACAUCACUUUGAAACCAAUCUACACAAAAAAGGAUGUUGAAGGGCUUGAACAUGAGUUACCGGGAAAGUUUCCUUAUACUCGUGGUCCAUAUCCUACAAUGUACUCCCAAAGGCCAUGGACAAUCAGACAGUAUGCAGGUUUCAGCACAGUCGAGGAAAGCAACAAGUUUUAUAAAGAAAACAUUAAGGCUGGUCAACAAGGUUUGAGUGUGGCUUUUGAUCUUGCCACUCACUGUGGGUAUGACUCUGACAAUCCACGAGUUUAUGGUGAUGUAGGAAUGGCUGGAGUGGCUAUUGACAGUGUUGAGGACAUGAAAGCACUCUUUGAUAGUAUUCCUCUAGAGAAGAUGUCUGUCUCUAUGACAAUGAAUGGGGCUGUGAUUCCAGUUUUGGCAAUGCAUAUUGUUGCUGCCGAAGAACAGGGUGUGAAAGCGGAACUCUUAUCAGGGACGAUUCAAAACGACAUUUUAAAAGAAUUCAUGGUUAGAAAUACCUACAUCUACCCUCCAGCUCCCUCCAUGAGAAUCAUUGGUGAUAUCUUUAGUUACAUUUCUGCGAAAAUGCCCAAGUUCAACUCAAUCAGUAUAUCUGGUUAUCACAUGCAAGAGGCUGGUGCCACUGCAACUCUUGAACUGGGAUUCACUAUGGCCGAUGGCAUUGAAUACUGUCGAACAGGCUUAAAAUCAGGUUUAACAAUCGAUGCGUUUGCACCACGUCUUUCUUUCUUCUUUGGCAUUGGAAUGAAUUUUUACAUGGAAAUCGCCAAGCUAAGAGCAGCUCGUCGUCUCUGGGCUCAUUUGCUCCAGGAAAAUUUCAGUCCAAAGAGCCAAAAAUCGUUGGCAUUGAGGACUCAUUGUCAGACGUCUGGCUGGUCACUGACUGCUCAAGAUCCGUAUAAUAACAUUGUCCGCACGACAGUUGAAGCUAUGGCUGCCGUUUUUGGUGGCACCCAGUCCCUUCACACCAACUCAUUUGAUGAAGCUUUGGCUUUGCCUUCCAAGUUUUCUUCCCGCAUCGCUCGUAACACACAAAUCAUUCUACAAGAAGAAACAGGAAUACCAAAGAUCAUCGAUCCAUGGGCCGGCAGUUAUAUGAUGGAGAACCUAACUGAUGAGGUUUACAACAAAGCAAAACGAAUUGUGGAUGAAGUGGAGCAAAUGGGUGGUAUGGCCAAAGCUGUAGCUUCUGGCUGGCCAAAAUUGAAAAUCGAAGAAUGCGCAGCUCGUCGCCAAGCUCAAAUUGAUUCCGGCUAUGAAACAAUAGUUGGAGUAAAUAAAUAUCAACCCGAGAACCCGGAGCAAGUAGACGUUUUGAUGAUCAACAACGAAGAAGUUCGAAACAAACAAAUUGAUAAAAUCAACAAGGUUAAAGCAACCCGUGAUUCGGCCAAGGCAGAACAGUGUCUCAAAGCGAUAACAGAUUGCGCUGCCGAUGCCGAGGGCAAUUUAUUGGCCUUGGCCGUCGAGGCUUCUCGUGCUCGCUGCACCGUAGGCGAAAUAACCCAAGCCAUGGAAAAAGUGUUUGGUCGUCACGUAGCGCACGACACGAUGAUAUCUGGGGCCUAUAAAAGUGAAUUCGCCGACAAGGAGCAGUUUGAAGUAGUCGCCAAAAAGAUUGAUGAGUUGGUGGCCUUAGAAGGUCGUCGUCCACGCAUCCUGGUCGCCAAGAUGGGACAAGACGGACAUGAUCGUGGCGCUAAAGUUAUCGCUACUGGAUUCGCUGACCUUGGCUUCGAUGUUGACAUCGGCCCUCUAUUCCAGACUCCGCGUGAAGUUGCCCAGCAAGCCAUCGACGCUGACGUUCACGUCGUCGGAGUUUCAUCGCUGGCGGCUGCCCAUCGGACUCUUGUACCCGAAUUGAUUAAGGUCUUGAAAGAGAUGGGCAGAUCAGAUAUUCUCGUAGUCGUCGGUGGUGUUAUUCCGCCACAGGAUUACGACAUGGUUUUCGAAGCUGGAGCGUCUGCCAUUUUCGGACCUGGCACCAAGAUUCCGGUGGCAGCGCUGCAAGUCGUCAACUUGAUUAUCAACGGAUUGAACCGAAAAACUGAGUCAUCCGCCAAUUAAGUAAACACCUUAAACAGAUUAGCAUUUUUCUAAUUACCCCACAAGUUGAUGUGUCCAACAAUCAGAGAUGUUAACGCGAUUUUUUCUCCUAAUCUUUUUUAUGUUUUAGCCGUAAUAUAAAGUUGGAAUAUAGUGAG